CAAUCACGUCUCCUUUUAACAGGUUGCCACACAAGGCCUUACCGAUAGCACGGGUGUGUCGCCAGUUCCUCCUUUGUGUUUUGUUUCUCACACAGUUUUCGUUGAUAAGAGAGGACUGUGCGCUGCGUGUCCUUCUUCCUUGUGUCGAGGACGACCUUUCCAACUGGAGGAGACAGAAGCGAGAGAAAGGUGAGCAGUGCUCUCAGGCGAUGAACGAAGGGGUCGGAGGAAAUACCAGUGACAAGAGCGUUAUCGGCACCAUGUUGCUGCUUGGGAAAGCGAAACCGCUCUCGUGCUAUUCCUCAGUUCUUUCUGCUUCCUCCUUCCCUUCUCUUUCCUCACCAGCCGCCUCCAUGGAACACAAUGUUACGACAAUAUGAGGUUAUAUGAUACACGCAAGCAUCUACGCGGUUGUCCCCUGUGAAACACGAGCACCGGUGCGCCCAGCCUCUUCUCAUCCAGCACCUCCCAUGCUCUUGCUUUUUCCAUUUUAAAAUGGACCCUCAUUAUAUUUGAUGUUGGUGAAAAGGCUGAUGUCGCUGUACAGUCGUUAUGGUCAUCAAUAUUAUCUGUUCCUAAUGGUGCCUCUUUCUUUUUAUCACAGGACUAAAAAAUGUCCUCUAGGUAAAAAAAAAAAAACUUAGGUAAGAAGUACAUAAAGAAGACAGGUGUUUGUCUCAAAUGACUCAAAUACACCACAUGAUACCUAACACACUCCCGCGAAGCAUAUUGAUCCGAGAAUUUCACGCGGUCUGAAUAAUUGACUGCCAACCCUCGCAACAGACAGCUGCUGCUGCUGCUGCUGCUGCUGUACGGCCACAACAUCCAUUUCGGAGACUGACUGACUCUCUCUUCCCCUAUUUUCAGACGUCUCGCAGAUCUAUUUUCCUACUGAUUAACAAAGCAAAAAAGAGAAGUGAACUCGAAAGGAACACCAGAGAAUCAACGGGUUAGACCCGAGAAGUAUGCAAAGAAUAACACAAACACCGGAUGCUAAAUUCGUUGCUUUAAAGCAGAUGGGUCAUAGGAAAGGCCAAGUGCAUGUGUGAAAGGAAAGUGACACGUUAUGCAUAUUACACGCCAUCAGAAAAAAGGAAGGGCUUUAUAGGUUUCUUGAUGUCACAGAGAUAAACAAUAGAUCAUUCUCAUCACUUUCAUUAAAGUUGACAUUCGUAGUGAGAGAUCUGUAGCUUCAUCGGAAAUUUCGGUUUAGGCGCUUCAUAACUGAAAGCAGAUGAACAACCAAAACGAAGAGAACCAUGAAGUGUGAGUCGUGACGCGGGCGCUUGUUUUAUUAAGGUUAAUUGCCCUUUGAUUAAGUUUCUUUUGGGAACCUUGAGUGUCUCUGCCCUUUGCAAAAAAAGUUUCACGCAAAAAUAACUUCAGAAUUAGAAGGAAGCGAUGAAAACAUUAGUGCUUAGAAUUUCACCAAUGAAAUGACAAGAGGAACGACGACAGCAAACAAGCUCGUAAAAGUAAAGAUCAGAUAAAUAUGAACAUGAGAGCCUCUUAAAUUCAGUUUUAAACUCGUUCACCUAAUCGGGCGGUGAAGUCCGUAGAACUCUACCGACACUACCUCCUGAGAUUCCCGAUAUCCGGAGAUCUACCUCAUGUAGGAUAUUUACAUAAUCGAAUCAACGGCAUCCAUCAUCUUGGGUCAAGAUGUCGGCAGUUGUGAACGGUCAUCGGGAGGAUGAAAAUACCACCCAUUCACGCCCACAUGGACACAUUCUACCCAUGCUGAGCUUCAGUGCUUCCACGCCCACGGAUGAAGACAAUCCUUUGGAUAGCAAUCCCGCCAUCGCCAUAGACAUGACUUUGUGGGAGCACCCGGAGGACGCAAUUCCACCUUCUAUCCAGAUAUCAAGCCAAGACGACAUGAACGAUGAUGACCUUGGUGUAAGGAACACAGAGGCGAUGCCCCUCAUCGACGUCGCCAGGGACGUGAUCCUCAUCGAUGGGCCUGACGGGGAGGAUGACGAACUGGACGAAAAUGCUCCCUUGUUAGCCGGUGGGAGCAGAGGAGUCGGUAGCAAUGUGGAGAUGGGCCUUAGAGUUGGCAGUGACGAUGACGAUCGCAACAUCGGUGGGCUUGGAAUACCGGUUAAUAUGCCAAGAAGCGAAGACGGGAACGGGGCUGAGCGACAGGACGUCCUUAAGAACAUCACCCAGUCGUCAUCUGUGAGCGAGCUGCGAGAUGUUGCCAGCCAGCUAGUCUUCGAAGUUAUUAGCCAGGCUCAAACCAAGGCCAGCAAUACGAACAAUCUCGAUAGCAAGGUUGAAGAGAACGAACGGAUAGAAGAUCCGCACUCAGACGAACGACUGAUGGAAAUCGUGCGUCGUUUCGUUUCCAAUAUAAUGUUCGCUGCUAAGACGGAAGCGUGGGACAGCAUGCGGCAAAUACAGAAUAACAAUAAUAACGUGUUGUCCCUAAAGGGUGAAGAGAAGCAAUGGGAAGCGGAUCCUCAAUCGGACGAAGAGCUGAUGGAAAAAGUGCGGCAAUUCGUGUCGGAAAUCAUGGCUGCAGCCAAGGCCGAGGCUUGGGACAACAUGCGCCAAACCCAAAGUAAUAGUCAUUUCCAGUCGCAGCAGAAGGGGCAACAAUGGACUCAGGGGCGACCUCAGUUGCACCUCCAGUUGAUGGAAAGAGCUCGCGGUCUCGUUGCUGGCAUCAUUUCUGCAGCAGGGGAAGAAACGCAAAAUGCUCUUGAGCAAAUACACAGAAAAAACAAUGUGAUAUUCCCCAAAGAGUUUAAACAGAACCAGCAGGAAGUGGAUCGUAAUUCUGACGAUGCACUAAUGGAAAGCGUGAGAUGUUUCGUUGCUGACGUCAUGUCAACAGCCAUUGAGACGCAUGUCAGAGGACAUCGUAAACUCAGUGACAAUAAACUGGUGCUGAUGUUCGAGGACGAAGAGAACCAGCCCAUAUCGGACCCCCAUUCAGAUGAGCAGCUCAGGGAAAAAGUGUGGCGUUUUGUUUCCGAUAUAAUAACUGCAGCGGUGGAGACAUAUGACAGCAGACAACAGAAUCAGUUUAAUAACAAUUUGGCUAUCCCCUCUAAGGUUCAAGAAAACCAAAGGAUCCUUCCGAUUCAAGAUAAUCAGCAGAUAGUGGAUCCUUAUUCAGAUGAACACCUAAUAGAAAGAGUUCGAGGUUUCGUUUCCAAUAUCAUGGAUGCAGCUCAGGUGGAAACACAUGACAGUGAACGGCAGUUACACAAAGAUAACACUAUGAUUCUACCCCUCAAGGAGGAGGCAGCCAUACUCGCCGAUGGAGGAGUCAGGGGUAAGAGAGGUCCUCAAAACUUAGCCUCGCCUGCCAGCAAUCACGCAGAGAGGCUAUUCAGAGGGGGUCCUUGGUACGUGCAGAUGGGUCGUGUCUUUUCAGCCUUCGUGUCGCGCAUCUGCCCUUGCCGUUGCCCGACCAAACCAUGAGACUUGGCCCAGGCUCUCUCCCUUCGGAAUACGACGAAGGCUAGUGCUGGGGAGUGGGUCUAAGGGAUGGUAGAGGGAGGACAUUAGUGCUCUUAGAAAAUGCAUCAGGCUUCCCAAAUGAUCACCAGCUUCAGAGUGUGCUUUUGGUGGGAACAGGUUGCAAGUUCAAGUAAGUCUACAAUGACCGACCUUAUUCUGUACUCUCCACGUUGCAUAGGCGACGGGAGAAGGCGCAUGGUGCAAUAUACUGGGCAAGAGGAGGCAGGGAGUGAGAGACAGCGAGAUGUAGUACCAACUCUUUCCAAGGCUAUCAUUGAAGACGAUCGGGUUCGGGACAACAGAAUUCAAGUCAUUGGACUCUUGGAGAAGUUUGAUGUCAGUAACAAGCAAGUUGAAGUAAAUCAACUUUCAUUUCUUUCAUAUGACGGAAAUAGAAUCUAAUGUAUUCCUUGAACAUAUCGCACUUACUGUCCUACUAAAUGACUCCUACAAAAGGAGAGGACGCCUUUUAUCCUCUACUGAAAAAUUAAUGCCUUCCUUCCUGCCUAAGCUCUACUCUUCAAUCUUGAGCGUUAGACUCAAAGUAAAGAGUAAGAACCAACACAAAAGAUAAAUAUAUAAAUAUAUAUUUGGAAAAGAUAAUUAAAAAAGAAGAGGACCAGUUACCGACCUCUUAGACCAUAAAUUAAAUGUAAGUAGAUUCAGUGUGUUCUUCACGUGUGGCAAACUAAACCUGGAACGUUUGCUUCAGAGAAGUCGUGGAGAUCAGUGUAUCACAUAACUAUAAUAUAUAUACUAUAUAUAAAAAGCUAAAAAAAUCUAUCAGCUGUAACGUGUCCUUACUCAGAUGUUUUAUAUUUUCAACACUGAAUUACAAUGAGUGUUUUAGUUAUGUUUAGAGUGUUAGAGAGAAAAUACAAGAACUAUAUAAAAGUAGAAUUCUCUCUGUGAGUUCUAUCUUCAAUUAAAAGUAGGCGUAUCAUGUAACUUCUACGUAAAACGUAAAAAAAAAAUGUCACUCCUGCACUAUGAGUAGUAGCCCCUCGGCUACCCUUUCAUUUAGCAGACCCUGAUCGUGCUGCUUCUUAAAUGGACUAAUUUACACAGUAAGCCAAUUCAUUCCGACUGCUAAUAGUAAUGAAAGUUUCAUUAUUACUACUAUUUAAGUGACUGCGCUGCCGACCCAACUUUUAUCGCAGGAGAGGAAGUGUACUUUUUCACAUGAAUCACGCUGGCUCUAUGAACACUCGCCCAGGAAGUGAUUGACUUUCUGUUUGUGACUUUCAUCAUGCUCUCUUAGGUACUUACAAGAUAUUAGAGGCCUUGAACUAUAACACAUGCACACGCAUGCAUGCAUAUACACGACACACACAAGCACAAAUUAACACAAAC